AUGAAGCUUUCCCUUCUCCUCGUGGCAACGACUGCAGCGGCCGCCGCAGUGCGCUGGGCCAACGAUGACGAGCUCGCCGUCAUGAAUGCCAACCGUGGCAAGGUCGGCACAGCUCUUGCCAUGCCAAGUGCUCUAGAGAUGCAGGCCAUGGAGGUGGAACGAAUGUUCAACAUCACGCCGGGACUUGUACCCAUCGAGAAGAUGAGAGAGAUAUGGAAAUACCACGGCCAGAAAGCUCAGGAUCGCCGCGGCGAAGAGCAAGCACUGGCUGCCAACCAAUUCAUUCGUGCCGGCGGCUUUGCCAUGUUCAUCGCAUUCACCUCGGAUGCUGGCGGCGCUCUCGGGGCAGUUUGGAGUGACUGCUACGGUGCUGCCACCAGGGAUGGAACCGCAACCGGCAAGGAGUGUGGUGACAAGGUCAUCGCCGCACUUGUAAAAGCCAGUUACUCGUUUGUCAUGGGCGGAGCAGGAUAUGCAGCCGUCUUGAUACAGGGCCAGGCGGAUCCAAACCAGCCCGUCUACGAAUUGCAGAACCAGCUACCGCCCGACUCUGAGCACGGAGUACAGAUGAGGCGCUCGGCAGACCAGGAGUGCGCAAACCACAAUGGCGACUUUACUGGUUUGUAUGGAGUAAACUUCCAUCUCGGGUCGCAUAUCGGAGCUAAACUGUCCGGCUAUGCACCCUGUGGCACAUCAGUGUCAACACCCGACGAGAUUGCCCAAGGCAGCUUCGGUUACCAACUCAACAGAGCGGCCGGCGACAACGGAGCCGCUAGAAUCCAGUUCUACACAGUUCAGGAUGGUUCUAGGGGUAAUGUUAUGGGAGGCGCCAUCGUGUACGAAACCAGGGUGACUGACACCUGCCCAGAGUACAUCUCUUUCGACGGUUGUGAGGUAUAG